AUGGCGAUGGCGCCGAGGAGGCGGACGCUGCUCAAGGUCAUCGUCCUCGGCGACAGCGGGGUCGGCAAGACGUCGCUGAUGAACCAGUAUGUGAACAAGAAGUUCAGCCAGCAGUACAAGGCGACCAUCGGCGCCGACUUCCUCACCAAGGAGGUCCUCAUCGAGGACAGGCUCGUCACCUUGCAGAUUUGGGAUACGGCAGGGCAGGAGAGGUUCCAGAGCCUCGGCGUGGCCUUCUACAGGGGAGCCGACUGCUGCGUGCUAGUCUACGACGUCAAUGUCAAAAGAACCUUCAAUACACUCGGCACCUGGCACGACGAGUUCAUCAACCAGGCCGGCCCGUCAGACCCCAAGCAAUUCCCCUUCAUUUUGGUCGGGAACAAGGUCGAUCUGGACGCUGGAAGCAGACGAGUGUUCCUGAGAAGAAAGCAAAAGACUGGUGCGUCUCCAAGGGCGACAUUCCGUACUUCGAAACCUCGGCCAAGGACGACUACAAUGUCGACACCGCUUUUCUGUGCAUCGCCAAGCUUGCCCUGGAGCAUGAGCACGAUCAAGACAUCUACUUCAAUUCAGUUGCAGAACAAGGCCCUAAACCGGAAGAACAGACGAGCGGAUGCGCGUGCUAGGCUAGCAUCUUCAGUACAAGACUACAAUUCUGCUACAUUUAUUGCACUGUAUCCAUUUCUUGAAUGUAAUGUAAUGUACCAUACGGUAGUUAGUGACUGA